CGAGGCAACUCUGUAUAUAUUACGUUGUGGAGAAAAGAAAGAAGAAAGAAAGAAAGUGCAAACCGCCCUCUUACGUUAAUCCCGUUACAACCCCAAGUGCGUGAAACAAACAUGUCGAGCAGUAGCUUUUCUUUCAGGUACAGAUUUUGGCUAUCAAGACAACCCAUGAUGAACGAGCUCUUGCAGUUGAAUCCACCCGAAGACAUUCCAAUCGGAUUUUCCGGGCUUGAAAACUUUCCAUUACAGUCGGGAACCAUGUCUGCUCCCGUAGAUGCCCCACUGUUGAACGACAAUGGUUUUCGUCUGCGCUCUAUUCUUUAUAUGAUGGGUCUCAAGUAUCAGCAUAUAGAUUGGCUAUGGUCAGCUAUAUUAAUGGUGCUUCAACUCCGAUUCGCUGAAGGCUUUACACGGUAUUCCAUUUUUGUGGCCUUAAUGGACAUAACGACGGUCUUAAAACUGGAGGUUUGUGCAGAUUCCGAUUCCGAUUCCGAGUCAUCAUACGAGUCCGAUUCCGACUCUGAGCUGUAUACCAUGGCGGCGACCAGACCUUCUAUCGAGGCGUUGGAGAAGGUAACCCUUGAAGAAGGGAGGGGAGAGAACUGUAUGGUGUGCUUGGCAGAUUAUGAGGAUGGGGUGGAAGUCACUCGCAUGCCUUGCUCCCAUCUCUUUCAUGGAGAUUGCAUUGUCAAGUGGUUGCUGAGUAGUCACCUUUGUCCUCUAUGCCGAUACCCAAUGCCAAUGGAACGACUUUGAUUACUUAACUCCGUAUAUAAGUUGUAUAUAAGUUUAGGGUACAAGUUUUGGGUAGAAUCUUUGAAAUAAAAAAAAUAAGAUUCACUAUAAAUUAUUAUAAUCUUCCACAGAAUUUGUACACGUUUAAUUUUGAACAAAUUAUUUUCAUUCAUUUCAAAUUGUUUUUUUGUUU